ACAUUGGCGGUCACACUUUUUAAACGCGCGCGGAGAUUCUGAAUUUCAUAAAAGAAACGUUUGAAGCGGUUUAUUUUAUACUUUUAGUUUACUAAAAAAAUUGGUGAUUCUUUAAGGAAAUAAUGAAGUCAUGGCUUUUGUUGCUUGUCUUGAAUCAAUUAGUCCAUAUGUCGCUGUCAACAAUAUCGGAACUAAAUAACUCGGAUCCGAAAUUUAGUGGACCAAUAAAUAAUGUAACAACACCAGUUGGACGAGAUGCGACACUCACUUGCAUCGUUCACGACUUAAUGUCAUUUAAGCUUGCUUGGUUGCGAGUCGAUACACAAACCAUUCUGAGUAUACAAAAUCAUGUGAUCACGAAGAACCAUCGCAUUGGCAUUAGUCAUACGGAGCAUCGUAUCUGGCAGCUGCGCAUACGAGAUGUACGGGAAUCAGAUCGUGGUUGGUAUAUGUGUCAGAUAAAUACGGAUCCAAUGAAAAGUCAAGUAGGCUAUCUGGAUGUCGUUGUACCACCCGACAUAAUUGACUAUCAGACCAGUCACGAUAUGAUCGUGCAGGAGGGACAAAACGUGACACUAAUAUGCACUGCAACAGGCUUGCCAACUCCCACGGUCACCUGGCGACGCGAACGUGACGUUCCGUUAUUACAAACUGCCGAUGGAACGGACAUUUACAGCAUAGAAGGUGCGAACUUAACACUCUGGCAGGUGACAAGAGAGAGCAUGGGCGCAUAUCUGUGCAUAGCUUCAAAUGGUAUACCGCCGACUGUGAGCAAACGUGUGCUAAUUGCCGUUAAUUUUGCACCGACCGUUUGGACGCGUUAUGACACCAUAUAUGCGGGUUACGGCCAGAAGAUUACCCUCGAGUGCAUUUCCGAAGCUCACCCGACGACUGUUAAUUUCUGGUUGAAAGGCAAGGAAUUUGUACAAAGCGGCACCUAUGAGUCCGUCACUUUGGAUAAUAUUUUCAGAAUUGUCAUGCGUUUAACCAUACGGCCCGUUCUUUUAAAAGACUUUGGCGAUUAUCACUGUGUGGCGAAAAAUUCGAUGGGUGAAUCGGAGCGCAUUAUAUCAGUUAAACAUAAAUCCAAAAAGAGCGUCCAUCACACACACCAGCUGGAUGGAAAGGACAAUCAUUUGAUUUUAAUUGAAGGUAAGUGA